AUGGCCAGCCUGAUCGACCGCUCGCAGCAGGUGGUGUCGGAGAUGAGGGAAAGAGUGGGGGAGCUGCAGCGGGACUUGGAGGAGGAUGCAGCGAGGGUGAAGGAGUAUCAGACAAGGAUCAGCAAACUCAUGCGGCGGCAAGAAGAGCUUCGGGAGAAGCGAGCGAAUCUUGAAGCAGAUGCAGACCAGCGCACCACCAAGAUACGCAAGGAGAUUGUUCUCUUUUCAGGUUUCACCAACAUCCGCCUGGACGUGGACGUGAAGGACCGGUUUGUCGGCACGCUGGUACACCCCUCAGGCAACCCCGAGCUCGCCAGGCCCGUUGACUUUGACACCUCUGCCGCCAACACCACCACUGUUGCGUACCAGCUCUGGAACAUGGUAUGA